GAGAAUGACGUUUUGUAACAGCAAUACAGGAAGAAUCACAGAAUUAUUAGCGGACCGUGCAAUGCUAAAGUUUAGCUUGACAAUAAUACGACAUGGGGAGACGCAGUACAACAGAGACAAGUUGUUGCAAGGUCAGGGAGUGGACACCCCCCUGUCAGGUACAGGGCUGCAGCAGGCUGAAGCAGUGGGCCAGUACCUCAGAGAGCUCAGGUUCAACAAUGUGUUUGUCAGUAAUCUACAGCGUGCCCGACAUACAGCUGAAAUCAUCUUGAGACACAAUGCCCACUCAUCUGGCACUGAAAUGGUUUUGGACCCUUUACUCCGAGAAAGAGGCUUUGGAAUAGCAGAGGGGCGGCCUAAGGAGGACCUAAAGAACAUGGCCAAUGCUGCUGGUCAAUCAUGCAGAGACUUCACCCCUCCUGGAGGAGAAACCUUAGAGCAGGUAAGAAUGCGAUUCAAGAAGUUUCUCAAGGUACUCAACCAGCGCAUGGUGGAUGAACAUGGCUACUCAGGACAGAGUUAUCUUGCCGGGGUGGAAGAGGCUGCAGCUGCCCCUUUGUCUGGUGGUGGACCGAAAGACAGGCCUCACACUGGCCUACCUCAAGACGGGCUCCAGGGUGUCUCGGUCCAUGCCCUGGUGGUCAGCCACGGAGCCUACAUCCGGGUGGCCGUCAGACACUUUGUGGAGGACCUGCAGUGCUCCCUGCCUCCAGGAAUGAGGAUGUCCCAGGUGUUCUCUCCGUGCCCCAACACAGGUAUCAGCCGCUUCAUUCUCACUCUGACUCGGGAUGAGGCCGGCCUGGCACUCUCCACCGUCCGCUGUGUCUUCACAAAUAGAAAGGACCACUUGGCAAAACUCCAAGAUACUGAUAAAUAGAGAUCAAACCCCAGAUUGGGUUUUAUUGUGCAAUGUCUGAAAUCUAUUUUGGUGGGAACGCUCAAAUGAAAAAUGGAAGGCUCCAAGACUGAAGUACUGUAUCUAGACAGUAGACACUACUAUUGACAUGUUUGCACAACAUUGUUAUGAACAGGGUAAAUUAUUUUUGCUUGAGCAGUAGGUUACUCAGUUUUAGUCAUUUUCCCUCAGUGCAAUACCACACUUCUGUUAGCAACGCAUUAUUGCAUGGGUGGGAUUGGUGGAAAACGAAUCCGGUUCCAGUCAUCGGACGUUCUUGUACAAGUAAGCACCUAUUAUAUAAGAAUUUUGCUGAAUUGAUCUGCACUUUUAAACGUGAACUUUUCUGUUGUGUGUUUACAAUGAUUGAUUGCACCAAAGGCAAAGAGUUAUUGCUGAACUCUGUCAACACUGUUUCUAAAUUAUUUUGACUGAAUGACAAUGAACAUAUAAGUAUCUGCUAACUUGUGGUCUGUGUUAUUAUCUAUGUGUAAAAUACAAAUCAAAGGCAUCACUGUAAUAAAUAAGAUCUGAAGCUAAAA